CUGUAGGGACUCGUGUCGCUGCAGUGUUGCGCUUCGUGUUUACGGGCGGGAAGAGCGAACGCAGCCGAGUGUUGGGGAGCCACUGUGUUCAAAUCGGAAGCGCGUUUGUUUUAAUUCUCCUCUGCAGUUGGUGGUUUUGGGGGCGUUUUGAUGUUCCCCGCGGGAUUACGGGGUCUAGUGGAUACCUUUUAAGUGGACCUUUGCUUGAAACUCAAGGGGGAUUAUCGGAGAGGUCGGGGCAGAUGGAGGACCCUUCUGCAGAUUCCGGCGGCGACGAGAGACACUCGGCGGCGGAGGCCCCCGCGGUGCAGGUGGCAGACGUCCGCUGGCCGAGCGCGGCUCUCCCGCUGCGGCUGCUCGAGUGGAAGGUCAAACCCGGGACCCUCGUCAACGUGGACUCGGUGCUGGCGCUGUGCGCUCCCAUACCCCAGGAGCAGGGCGCCGAGGCUGUCAGGCUGCCAGAGAAGCGGGUGAAAUCGGACCGCGCCGGAGUGGUGAAGGAGCUAUGCUGUCAACUCGGACAAGUCAUACCCCCCGGGGGCGUCAUUGUCCGAAUAGAAGAAUGCAGCCACCCAAUCGUGAUGAAGGGUUUAUGUGCUGAAUGUGGCCAGGACUUGACUCAGCUGCAGAGCACAAAUGGCAACCAGCACAAUCCCAUCUCCACAGCAACGGUCUCCAUGGUGCACAGCGUCCCCGAGCUGAUGGUCAGCUCAGCGCAAGCAGAGCAGCUGGGCAGGGAAGACCAGCAGAGACUCCACCGGAACAAGAAGCUGGUCCUGAUGGUGGAUCUGGACCAGACUCUGAUCCACACCACCGAACAGCACUGCCAGCGUAUGUCCAACAAGGGCAUUUUCCACUUCCAGCUCGGGCGAGGGGAGCCGAUGCUCCACACGCGACUACGCCCACACUGCAAGGAAUUCCUGGAGAAAAUCGCCAAACUCUAUGAGUUGCACGUCUUCACGUUCGGGAGCCGCCUUUAUGCACACACCAUUGCUGGCUUUCUGGAUCCUGAAAAGAAGCUUUUCUCACAUCGGAUUCUUUCUCGAGAUGAAUGCAUCGAUCCGUUCUCAAAGACGGGAAAUCUUAGGAACCUCUUCCCUUGCGGGGAUUCAAUGGUCUGCAUCAUCGACGACCGAGAGGACGUGUGGAAGUUUGCACCAAACCUCAUCACUGUGAAGAAAUACAUCUACUUCCAAGGCACCGGGGACAUCAACGCUCCCCCCGGGUCGCGGGAAGCUCAGGUGUCCAGGAAAGCAGGAGGGCCCUCCAGUCGGCCAGCAGACAGCACAGAGUCGGCAGGGACGCCUGGCGCAGAAGAGCAUAACAAUGGCCUCAGGAAAAGGUCAAAGGACCACAACGUUUCCGGAAAGGAUGAACCCACAAUAUCUCUGUCUUCUCAGGGAGUGCCGACAAAUGAACAGACUCAUCCCACAGGGGGUGUGGAGGAUGAAUCAGUACAAAGUCAAAAGUCAGUGACUGAGGCAAUGCAUGGGGCAAUGCAUGGGGCAAUGCAUGGGGCAAUGCAUGGGGCAGGGUCGAGAGAAGCUCAGGAGGCCGACAGAACAAAUGUAAAGGAAGACGAUAGCACGAGGACACCAGAGGCACAGGAGGGUGCAAACUCAGCAGCACCCAGCCAUGAGUCCAACAACUUGGACUUUGACCUUUCCAGUGACAGUGACAAUGACUCCAUCACCGAAAAGACUCCCUCAUCAGAGAGUGAUGGUGAAGGCAAGUCUUGCGAAGCGAAGAAGCCUGGUCAGGAAGGUGUUACGCCAGAGCCCGGUGAUGGGGAUGGGGCAAAGGUAGAGGACAUUCAAGGUCGAGGUGAUGGAGAAACCAGUUCUGAAGUAGCAGAACCAUCAGGAGCUCUUCCCCCCGACCCAGAGCUGGGAAAUGGCUGCUCAGAUAGGAGAGAGCCAGAAACAGAGUCCCAGAAUAGUGAACAAUCCGGGGUCACCAUGGGGGAGGAGCUCCUGGAUCAGAGUAUGGAGGACGAAGAGGAGGAGGAAGAGGAAGUCGAUACAGACCAAGACGAUCACCUGAUCUACCUUGAGGAGGUGCUUGAGAGGAUUCAUUCUGAAUACUACGCCCGCUAUGAGGCGUACCUGGGGAAGGAGGCUCCAGAAACACCAGACAUUCGCAAGAUUGUCCCAGAGCUGAAAGGCAAAACACUAGAGGGAACGACGUUAGUGUUCAGUGGUCUGUACCCGACCAAUUACCCUAUGGAGAGGACCCGAGAGUUCUACCAUGCCAAGGCACUGGGGGCCAGUAUCAUUAAGAAUCUAAUUCUCAGCUCCCAAGAACCCAGUCGGACGACACAUCUCAUCGCAGCAAGAGCUGGCACCGAGAAGGUUCGUCAGGCACAGGGCUGCAAGCACCUCCACGUGGUCAACCCCGACUGGCUGUGGAGCUGCCUGGAGCGCUGGGAGCGGGUGGACGAGCAGCUGUACCCACUGAAGGAAGACUACUCCAAGAUGCCAAGGAGCAACAGUCCAGCAGCUUUCCCCGACAACCGGUGCUCCCUGCAUAAGCCCAUGUUCCAGCCGGCCCCCAUCCACCACAGACCUCCACCUCCGGACCUAGAGGCCCGGACCUACGACCCCGUCACAGGGAAGCUGAUCCGCAGGGGCCCUCAGGUGUCACGGCCACCCCCCUACCUCCAGGCAUCAGGGUCGUUGUUGCUCUCUGAUCACAGGGAACAGCCGUGUCUCAGGGGAACUUCAAAGAAUCACCAGGAUGAGGCGGCAGGGUCCAGCCAAGACGAUGGGCAGCCGGGGCCGUCUCGUAGGAAACGACAGCCGAGCAUGUCGGAAACUAUGCCUCUAUACACACUUUGCAAGGAGGAUCUAGAUAGCAUGGGCAAAGAGGUGGACGACAUCUUAGACGAGGAGAGCGACAACGAGAGUGAGGGGCGAGGGAAGGAGAAGCCUGGUAAUGAGGAGGUGGAGGAUGAAGAGGAGCAGCGGAAGCAGCAGAAGCAGGAGCAGCAGCAGCAGCAGCAGCAGCUGCAGCAGCCAGGAGCUGGACAGAUGGGAACAGGAGAUGGGCCCGGUGCUCAGGCGCAGACCGUGGACGACCGGCUUCAGACGCCGCCCAGGGAGGCCAGUGUGCUGGGUGGUGUACCAAGGGGCCAGAAACGUAAGCACGAAGAAGCCAAGGAGGGGAAGGAUGACGAGGCGGAGGAUAAGAAAUUUGCUGACGAGUCGUCCAAGGACUCCAUCGAGGAGGAGGAAGGCAGCAGCUCGGAGGCGGACGAGAUGGCCGCCGCACUGGAUGCAGAGCUCAAUGACUUUAUGUGACAGGGGAAACCUAAAAGGACUCGGUCACGAGACAAAAAAAAUUAUGUUCAUAGCCCAGUCCUCCCUACAAGUGGUACCUAAAAAAAUUAUUUUUCUGCUUUGGAAUUGGGUGUGUUUAGGAUGUAUGAGCCAUGAAUGUGUGCUGUAAUGAAAAUGAAUGUCCUGUACAGAUAUGACAUGUUGCUGUGUAAAUAAAGGCUUAGUUUUCUUUUCUUUCUUUUUUUCUGUAGCAUUGAUAUACGGCCUUUUUGGCAUUAAAUACUUUGAUGUGGACAUUUUAUUGUAAGAUAACAAACUGUGGGAGACAUGGAAUUUGAUACUUUUUUCUUUUUGUUUUACCGUUUUCUAUGUCAAGUUUUUAUAUGGAUGAGAGAAAAGACAAAUGAAAUUAUGAACUGUAAUUUUUUUGCUGGUCGUACAUGCCAAAGAGUUUGGAAAAAGGUUUGCCAAGGCAAGUGCAGCUAAAUGUUUCACAGUUUUAUUUUUCUCUUGGCCUCCGCGACAGUUUUUUAAGGGUCGUGAAUGCAACCAGCAGAUCUAGACAUUUGAAUGUGGGUUUUUUUCCUCCUCCUGUGUACAUUUGUUGACGACAUGUUGAAGAAAUGAAGACCCUCGGUGCAUUGUCACUGUAAACCAAAUCAAGCAUAACUCACGGUGUACAGUAAUGUACAGUUCAGAGGGACAGACACUCCUACUAGCUCUCUGUUUCUUUUUCAUCCCCCCCCAAAAAAUCUGAUUUCUCACUUACCUUUAGUUAUAUGUAACUAUGCAUAUAGUUUUUUGUUUAGUUUUUUCACCCAGGCUUAAAAAAUAAGGACAUAACUUGUGUUUUAACAGUCCACAGCACGGAGAACACCGACGAGGUUCCCCUGGAACACGGCCCUCACUUACAACUUCCCCCUCAUCCGUAUAUUUGGUUCAGAAAUCCAUACACGACGUUCAUGACUCUGUUUGCUCGAUUUCCUGGCCAGUGUUGGUCUUUUGCGGUGCUCGCAGCAUUAAAAAAAAAAAGAUUCAAGGACAUCUUUCUCCAGAAGGACCUCCUGUCAGUUGGGUUAAAAGGUGUUAUUGUAUUUUUUAGAAAAACCAAUUCAUCAGCAGAACGUUGGUCCAGUGAGAACACUUGACGGCGAGUUAUAGCGAGAUCAGUGAUUCUGAUUCUGGAGAGAUCCUUUUUUAAAUGAUGGGAGCACCCCUAACUAUAUUCCAGUCACCUUCACUGUAUUGGUGAAGGUGACAAAAGUGACACUUUUGUCACCUUCAAAAUACAAAAAAUUGUAUUUUGGCUAAACGGACAAUUUGAUUCUGCGCUAGACAAAUUCCACAUGACAAAUUCCAGACUUGUUGACAUCAGAAAGUGACAAUGUAAAACUUGAGAAAAGAGCGGGACUCGUCCCUUCGGUGUCCGAUGGUAUCACAGACCGGCCCAGGGAGGAGCGUGAGCGCACUGACAUUGAAGCGUAUGUGUUGUUCACCGUUAAUGUUCGACACCCGUCGAACCCACAGCUCCGACUGUUGUCUCUGUCCAGUAUCUGUCCAGUUCACUUCUUUUCACUUCACUUUCCAUUACAAACUAGUUUCCCUACAUCCAAUCUCUGUCGGUGUGGUCACGAGUUUCAAUCAAAUCAAACUGACGUAUAAUGUAUUUGUAAAUUUCCUACUUGACCCCGAAAGAAGAAGAUAAUUUCAUUAAAUAAAGACGUUUCUAAGUAACACAG